AUGGCUCAGAAGACGUUUAUUCCGCUUGAAAACAACCCUGAAGUCAUGACGAGGCUAGCGCACACUCUAGGCCUGUCUCCAACCCUCGCAUUUCAAGACGCGUAUAGUCUCACGGAUCCAGACCUCCUCGCUCUCCUUCCUCGUCCAGCCAGCGCGCUCUUGUUCAUCUACCCGUGCACCAACCAUUCAGAGACGUACUAUGCCAAAGUCCAUGACGCAGAACCAGAGUACCAAGGCUGCGGCCCCGACGAACCGGUCUUGUUCUACUACCAGACCAUUCACCAUGCCUGUGGCUUGAUAGGUCUCCUUCACUGCAUCACCAACGGUUCCGCCGCCGACCUCAUCCAGCCUGGCAGUGACCUCGACAAGUUCGUCCAGGGUGCAUUGCCUCUUCGACCGGCUGAGAGGGCUCAAUUCGUUCACGACUCGGACAUGCUCGAAAAGGCUCACGCGGUGGCAGCACAAGAGGGUGAUUCCACUGCUCCUCCUUUGGGUGAGGAUCCAGGCCACGCUUUUAUAGCCUUCGUCAAAGCCAAAGGUCGUUUGUGGGAAUUGGAAGGUCGGAGAAAAGGCCCCGUGGAUCUGGGUCCGCUGGAUGAGGACGAAGAUGUUUUGAGUGCGAGAGCAUUGAACAUAGGUCCGCUUCCUUUCAUCAAGCGCGAAGAGGCUGCUGAAAGCGGUACUCUGAACUUUAGCUGCAUCGUCCUUGGACCCAGCAUGGAUGCAUAA